CGCCUUUCUCUAUAUUACCAUUUCUAAGUUGAAAAGAUUCUCAGAGAGAGAGAGAGAGAGAGAAAACUAGAGCGACGUAUCAGUAAACAAAACAAAUGGCCGUGUCCUCGUGUCCCCGUGUUUUCCCUUCUUUCUUCGAGUGUCGCUCAGAUCCCGAAUUCUCCGGCGCGCCAAAAACCAGCGGAGGAUGGCAGAGGAAGCCGAGCCAGAGCCGGUUCUUCGGCAGCCGGCUCAACUCGGCUUCUGCUCAAGGAGCGAUCCUUCGUUUUCCUCCCAACUUCGUGCGCCAGCUCAGCACCAAGGCUCGCCGGAAUUGUAGCAACAUCGGCGUCGCUCAGAUCGUCGCGGCUUCUUGGUCCAACAACUCCAAUCCCUCUUCCCCUCCCCCGGCGGCGGCCUCUUCUUCAGCCGCCGCCGCCGCCGCCACUGCCGCCACUGAGCCGAUCGCUCCGAUCGGUGACGACGUGGCCUUGCUUGGCAAGGAAGAAGAUCUGAAAGCCAAUGUGAAUUUGGAAUUACCGUUGGAGACUGAAGACAAGGAAGAGGCUUUGCCUAUUCCAAAGCUCUCCAUCUUUAGCUGCGAUGGUAGCCUUGCCAUUCAUGCCGGGGAGAGAUUUGGACGCGGAAUAGUAACUGAUGCAAUUACAACUCCUGUGGUUAAUACUUCUGCCUACUUCUUUAAGAAGACUUCUGAGCUCAUUGAUUUCAAGGAGAAACGCAAGGCAAGUUUUGAAUAUGGGCGGUAUGGAAAUCCAACCACGGUUGUUCUUGAGGAGAAGAUAAGUGCGCUUGAGGGGGCUGAAUCGACCAUGAUAACGUCAUCUGGCAUGAACAUUAGCACGGUCAUGUUGAUGGCACUGGUUCCUGCUGGUGGGCAUCUUGUGACGACGACAGAUUGUUAUAGGAAGACUAGGAUCUUCAUUGAGAACUUUCUUCCCAAAAUGGGGAUCAAGGCCACAGUCAUUGACCCUGCAGAUGUUGGAGCCUUGGAAUCUGCACUGAAUGAGAACAAUGUUUCUCUUUUCUUCACAGAAUCGCCAACCAAUCCUUUCCUCAGAUGUGUUGACAUUAAGCUGGUUUCAGAGCUUUGCCACAAGAAAGGAGCAUUGGUCUGUAUAGACGGUACCUUUGCAACACCCCUCAACCAAAAGGCCCUGGCCCUAGGGGCCGAUCUUGUUCUGCACUCUGCAACAAAAUACCUUGGGGGCCACAAUGAUGUACUUGGAGGUUGCCUUAGUGGUUCUGAGAAGUUGGUCACAGAAGUUCGUACUUUGCAUCAUGUUUUGGGUGGUGCUCUCAACCCGAAUGCCGCAUACCUGAUCCUCCGAGGCAUGAAGACACUGCAUCUUCGUGUGCAGCAGCAGAAUUCAACAGCGCUAAGGAUGGCCAAGCUUUUAGAGGCACAUCCUAAGGUAGCGCAUGUCUAUUAUCCUGGGUUGCCAAGUCAUCCUGAGCAUAAACUUGCCAUGCAGCAGAUGACUGGUUUUGGUGGUGUGGUCAGUUUUGAGGUUGAUGGAGACCUAAACACCACCAUACAAUUCAUUGACUCACUGAAUAUCCCAUAUAUUGCCCCGUCCUUUGGUGGCUGUGAGAGCAUUGUGGAUCAGCCAGCAAUUAUGUCUUACUGGGAUCUACCUCAGUCAGAAAGGGUCAAGUAUGGGAUUAAGGAUAACCUGGUUCGAUUUAGCUUUGGGGUUGAGGACUUUGAAGAUUUGAAGGCUGACAUACUUCAGGCUUUAGAGGCCAUAUAGGGCCAAGACCUGCAUCAUUUGUUGUCAAAGAUCCAGGAUGUUAUAGGCCUCAUAACUUACCGUGUCCUUUUUUUUAUAAUGGUUUUCCUUUAUCUACCUUUUUGUGGUGUUACAAUUGAUUUUGAUCAUGCAAUGUUCUGUUCUGUUCCCGGUGGUUGAUCAUUUAACAAUAUGGUGAAUUUCUCUUAAAAUUUCAUCUAUUAUGUUUGCAAUUUUA